AUAAGAAAAACCCUAAAACUCCCCUAAAACCACCACGGUCAAUACUUCGGAGUCUCUUUCUAGUUCGUUCUCACUGUCAAAGCAAGCGGUGGUACCGGCACCGGCGCCUCAUUCACCUCAGUUCUCACCGCUCAGAUUCCUUCUAGUCUCCUCGUUCAUUCUCCUUUCGGUCUCACCGUUCUGCCUUCCUCUUUCAGAUUCACUAAGUGGACGGUUUUUGCAGAUAGUGAUUUUGACCUUUUAUAAGCCAGUCAAAGUGAAUACAGAAAAGAAACAAGAUGAAAUCGGUUGUGGGCAUUGUUGUAUCAAAUAAGAUGCAGAAAUCGGUGGUAGUAGAGGUGGACAGGCUCUUCCACAACGAGCUUUACAACCGCUAUGUCAAGCGCACCUCCAAGUUCAUGGCCCAUGACGAAAAAGAUGAAUGCAACAUCGGUGACAGGGUUAAAUUAGAUCCUUCUAGGCCGUUGAGCAAGCGUAAGCAUUGGGUUGUUGCUGAAAUUCUCAAGAAAGCUAGAAUCUAUACACCCCCAUCUGUGGAUACUGCUGCAAAUGCAAGUGCCAAGAAUGAAGCACCAGUUUCUUCAACCUCAUAAGGUUUGGCUUGAUUUCGUUGCACUUGGUUGUAAAAAUCAAGUUUUUGAUUUGCAUCUAAAAAACCCCCAUUACUCUCUUUGUCGUGCUUAUGAGCAAUAAAGCACUAAUUCAUUUAUGGAGGUUGGUCUUUAUGAAAACAACUUCACUUUUUGAUGUGUUGUGAGUGUCAUUAUAAUUAAUUUGACCAACAUGAGAGCUGUUUGCAAAUAUAGUAUUUCUAUUGCUGAA